UUCCGUGGUGUAUGUGUGUGUCUGCGUUCUUGAUGCGGUGCGGAGGAAGGGGGAGAUGUGGUCCUUUUUUGCGAGGGAUCCAGUCAAAGACUUCGCCUAUGAAAUUUUACCGGACACCCAAGAGACGUCUGGAAUAUGGACCCUUCACCGGGGAAAGCGAAAAACAAAUGGAGAACCCGUGUCUGUCUUCGUGUACGAGGUGGCUCAGGGAAUGGAACAGCAGACCCAGCUAGCCAAGGCUGCCUUCAAACGCAUGAAAACUCUCCGUCACCCAAAUAUCCUGGCCUAUGUUGAUGGACUAGAGACAGAGAAGAGCCUGUACUUGGUCACUGAGCAGGUCACCCUACUAGCCUCCCAUCUGAAGGCCCAGGCAGAGAAGGGUGUUUCUGGGGAGCUGGAGGUGUCCUGGGGACUGCACCAGAUAGUGAAAGCUCUGAGCUUCCUGGUGAAUGACUGUCACCUGCUUCACAACAACCUGGGAGUAUGGGCUGUGUUUGUGGACCGUGCCGGGGAGUGGAAGCUGGGUGCCUUGGAUCAUGUCACCCCUGAGCAAGGCGACCCGAGUGGGGCCUCCCCACCAGCCCCCAGGACCGUCUACCCUGACAUGGAAAAAUAUGACCCACCUGAGGCAAGCAGCAGCUCCAACGGAGAGAAAUGGGCAGGAGAAGUGUGGCGUCUGGGCUGCCUGAUUUGGGAGGUGUUCAAUGGGCCACUGCCUCGCGUCUCCUCCCUCCGUUCUCUUGGAAAGAUCCCCAAGGCCUUGGUCCCACACUAUUGUGAGCUGGUCGGAGCCAACCCCCGGACUCGGCCCAACCCAGCCCGCUUCCUUCAGAACUGCCGAGCCCCCGGAGGCUUCCUCAGCAACAGUUUUGUGGAGAGCAAUCUUUUCCUCGAGGAGAUCCAGAUCAAGGAGGCGGCAGAGAAGCAGCAGUUUUUCCAGGAUCUGAGCGACAAUCUUGACUUUCCAGAGAACUUCUGUAAACACAAAGUCCUGCCACAGCUGCUCACAGCCUUUGAGUUUGGCAAUGCAGGCGCCGUAGUCCUCACACCCCUCUUCAAGUCCAUGCUGUUGCUGGCGCCAAAGCUGAACGAGACCAACCUGAACCAGGAGCUGAUGCGCCACUUUGCCAGGCUACAGGCCCGAGACGACCAGGGCCCGAUCCGUUGCAACACCACCGUCUGCUUGGGCAAGAUCGCCUCCUACCUCAAUGCGGGGACCCGCCAGCGUGUGCUGAUCUCUGCCUUCUCGCGGGCCACCAAGGACCCUUUCCCAGCCUCACGCUCUGCCGGUGUGUUGGGCUUCGCUGCUACACACAACUUCUACAGCUUGACGGAGAUUGCCGCGCGCAUCCUGCCGACUCUGUGCACCCUCACUGUUGACCCCGACAAGGGUGUCAGGGACCAGGCUUUCAAAGCCAUCAGGAGCUUUCUGAGCAAACUGGAGACCGUCUCAGAAGACCCGGCCAAGCUGGCUGAGAUAGAAAAAGAUGUCACAUCCUCAGCUCAGCCAGCAGGAGCAUCUUCCAGCUGGGCGGGUUGGGCGGUGACCGGCGUCUCCUCGCUGACCUCCAAGCUGAUACGCAAUGCUCCAGGAACGGAGGGGGGCCUCGCGGUAGAGAACAGCGGGCCAGCCGUCGCCACCGGCCCUUCAAGUGAACCUGGUGCAACACCUGCCGCUGGCUACGAAGCCAAAACACCACAGGCCUCAUUGACUCACCAUGCUGCCUCUAGUCAUGCCAACCAGCCAUCAGCUCUGGAACUAACCAACAAGGACGAUGAGACUGUAGUAAACCGCUGGGAUGACGAGGAGGACUGGGGAAGCUUGGAGGAUCCAGACAAAGCUCACACAGAUCCAGACGACUGGAACACCGAUUGGUCCGGACUGUCGUCGUCCAGAAAGAAGGCCAGUGACAGAGGGGUUGGCCGCUCCUCUGCCUGCUCCUUAGCGGUGAAAAAGCAGAGCUCUGAUUGGAGCAGCUCGGGCUGGGAUGCCGACGACAGCUGGUCCAACGAGAAGGAGGGCCAGGGUCAGAGUUCACCAGGUGAGGAGGGCUGGGGCAAUGACUGGGGGGAGGAGGAUGAGGAGGGGGAGAUGACCAACAAAACCCUCCCCCUGCCCGAAGGGGUGCGGCUGACCAGCGAUUAUGACUGGGACAGCAGCAGCAGUGCAGCCAAAGCAGCCUGCCAGAACGACCUGUUCAUCGGUGUGUCCCAGAGGACUGCGGUCAGUGCCGUCACAACCGAGACUGGAGAUGGCUGGGCCACUGAGGCAGCAGGAGAAUGGGGCAUCGAGGAGAGCUGGGAGUCUGUGGAUGGAAACCAAGGCCUCAGCAAGGCCGAGCUGUCCAAGAAGAAGCGGGAGGAGAGGAGGAAGGAACUCGAAGCUAAACGGGCAGAGCGUAAGGCAGCUAAAGGUCCUCUCAAACUGGGUGCACGCAAACUGGACUGACUGGGAGAAGACGGGAAGAGAUGGGGGGGGCAGGAGUAUGGGAGGGAAGAAUAUAAAGAGAACAAUGACUGGACCCUAGGAAAUGAAGCAUUCCAUGAAGAGAGCGGUGUCAGGGGUGAAGGUCGCAUCUGAUGGGGAUGUGAGCCUCCCUGAUGACACCAGACAGGCUGCUUGCUGGCUGAGCAGAAGAGUGGCACACUCUGCCACAUGAUUCUCAACCCGCUCCCCGAACUGAGGAACCAUUAGAUGGAAGUGGUAGUUCUUUACAUUCACGUCAGUCCAGUGCCCUCUGUGAGUAGAUUGUGGUGGGUGGGGGCUGGUUUAGUAAGCUGGAAGGGGUCCAUUCUUUCAGAGGAGAAGGCCUGAAACAGAGAGCCAUCGGAGAGAGUUCCAGAAAAGCGAGCGAAGGAGAGGGCAACACAAAGCUGGGCCUCUGGCUGCAGAGAGCCAGUCUGAUGAGACUAUCAGGGGAACUUGCACGUCACACAACAUGCAAAACUCCCCCACCUCACCUUUUUUUUUUAAGUACAAAAAUGUCAAUGUUGCAGAUGUAAAGUAAAUGUGUAUAUAUGCAUAUAUAUAUUGCGCAUCUUGUCUUGAAAACAUGAUGAAAUCACACUUUUUUUAAAAUCUAAAACUAUAUAGAGAGAGCGAUAUACAAGAAUUUCAUCAUCAAACAUGCUUUAUGCAGAAUCCUGUUCAACACACUUCAAGGAUAUGAAUGUGUUAGGUCAACCAUCACUAAUUGCAGAAUUAAGACUGUUAAAUUCUAGCCAUGCAUGCACGUACGUGUGAUUGUUCUUUCAAACAGCUUGAUGGCAAAGGGAUUUCAAAUGCCUUUCAAAUAUUUAUUUUGUUUCCUGAUACUAUGAUGCUGUAUCCUACUGUUCUGAAUCAUCCUGAUGGAUGAAUCUGUUGACGGGCCUUAUUUAGAGACAAAUAACAUACUUGGGCAACGCCGCAUAAUCAAACCGGCAGGAAACUCAAUUAAGUAGCCAAACCAACACUGGGUAAAAUGCUCUGGGUGAAGGGGAAACUCAGUUUGACCUUUUCACAUGGGCUCUGCUUCCAUAUUCAAUGAGUUUCAGUUGUUUUGUGAUGGCUUUAUGAGAGAGAAAAAAAGGAAAAUUAUUUAUUCUCACGGUUUUAAAACAUCAUUGUAUCUGUUUAAUCCCAUGUAUUCAAGAAAAGACCAAUGGAUUCUCCUUGGGAAAAACCUGCUCUGUACCAAAAACAUGAGUGCAGUAUUCAAUGAUUUCAGGUUAGGAGAAAUCGAGGUGGUUUUUCCAUUUUAUUUGUGCCUUUGUUUGAUUGUAGCGCUAUAGGGUCAACUUCAGGCACUAAUUCUCAAUGCCCGAACUGAACUGAAUCAUGACACCUUUUACCACAACCCGACAGUCCAGGUCUGAUGUAUACGUCAGUUGUACUUCUAGUGUUGGUGAUAUGCCUUAUGAAGUGCGGUAUAGAUGUAAACGGAUCUGCAGCAUUGGAACCAGUGCUCCUAACAGGGUGGUCAGGCAAGGGAGUAUACAGCAUCAUCCCUGAGUUUCUUUUCUUCUUAUUAGUCAACAUAUCCUGAAUUUUUAAUUCCGUGAUGGAGGAAUAAUGGAUGCGCUGUUUUACAGAGCGACUUAAAUUUGUAUCUCAUGAGCCAGUCCCAAAAAUAAAAUGAUGGAAGUAAAACAAGCUGCAUGUUUCUUUUGAAUAAAAUGUUUUGUCUUUAGUAUCCUUACUCAUCCAUAAUUGUAGCUGACUAAUACAUUGAGGCUGAAGUGAUGUUUGAUCUGGGUAAAUGUCACCCGUUUUCACUCAGUUCUGCUGUUUAUGGUAUGUGGGUCAAGGAAAAUACAGAGCUAUUUUGCAGCACACUGGCCCAGUAUCCCCAGGCUGUGACCACCGAUAGUUAUGAAAAUGUUAACCUGAAGAGCCGCUCACUUGGUGUUACAAGCAUUCGAAUAUAUAUAUUCAAUUUCAAUUCAAUUCAACACUUUAUUGCAGACUCAGGGUCCAUAACAGACAAAGAAUUGGUGAGAAGAAGAAAAAAGAAGCCGUAAAAGAUAAGAACCAUGCCCAAUACAUAGAGUAAAUAUAUAUGUACAUAUAUACAUAGUAUAUAUAUAAAAUCCAGUGAUUCAAGUAAUUUCUCUAAUUCAGACAGUAUAAGCCUGUUUCAUGCUACAUGCAAGCUACACGUGUGCAUUAAAACUUG